CUAAAAACCAACCAUCAGACUCAAUUCAUUCACUUCUGCUCAGUGGUGCGACAAGGACUGGGGGCCUUAGGUGGGAAAGAGAGAGGAAAAAAGUUCACUUCACACCAUUGGGUGCCAAGAGAAGGGGAACACAACUACACUGGAGCUCUCACUGUGCGCUGAUUGUUGAUCAUGGGUGACUGGAGCUUCUUGGGAAACAUAUUAGAGGAAGUAAAUGAACACUCAACGGUGAUUGGGAGGGUGUGGCUCACAGUGCUCUUCAUCUUCCGGAUCCUCAUCCUGGGCACAGCCGCUGAGUUUGUGUGGGGCGACGAGCAGUCGGAUUACGUGUGCAACACCCAGCAGCCUGGUUGUGAGAACGUGUGCUACGACGAGGCUUUCCCCAUCUCGCACAUCCGUCUGUGGGUUCUCCAGAUCAUCUUUGUGUCUACGCCCUCGCUGGUGUACGUUGGUCACGCUGUGCACUAUGUCCACAUGGAGGAGAAACGCAAGGAGCGCGAGGAGGCCGAGCUGAGCCGCCAGCAGGAGCUGAGUGAGGAGAGGCUGCCGCUAGCGCCUGACCAGGGUAGUGUGCGUACCACCAAGGAGACCAGCACCAAGGGCAGCAAGAAGUUCAGGCUGGAGGGCACCCUACUGAGGACCUACAUCUGCCACAUCAUCUUCAAGACGCUGUUCGAGGUGGGAUUCGUGGUGGGCCAGUACUUCCUUUACGGCUUCCGCAUCCUGCCGCUGUACCAGUGCAGCCGCUGGCCCUGCCCCAACACCGUGGACUGCUUCGUGUCACGCCCCACCGAGAAGACUGUCUUCAUCAUCUUCAUGUUGGCCGUGGCAUGCGUCUCGCUCUUCCUCAACUUCGUGGAGAUCAGCCACCUGGGCCUGAAGAAGAUCCGCUUCGUGUUCCGCAAGCCACCGCCCCAGACCCAGGGCGGUCAGGGCGGCGAAUGCCAGAGCCCAACUGGGGAAAAGAGCCUGCACUCCAUGGCCGUGUCGUCCAUCCAGAAGGCCAAGGGCUACCGGCUGCUGGAGGAGGACAAGCCCGCAUCGCACUUCUUCCCCUUGACAGAGGUGGGCAUGGAGGCAGGCAGGCUGCACGCACCUUACCAGGCGGGAAGUGAGAACGUCUCUAAAGUGUACGACGAGUCUUUGCCUUCCUACGUCCAGACCACUGGGGCGGAGGUGAGGGUCCUACCGGAAAGCGGUGAGGACGAGGGCCCCGCGGACCCCGACGUGGAGGCUACCGACACGAUAGCAGACACCAGACCACUCAGCAGUUUAAGCAAAGCCAGCAGCAGGGCAAGGUCAGACGAUUUGACAGUAUGAAAGUGAAAGAAAUGUGAAAAAGCAUGGGAGCAAAGCCUCACAGAGCCUUAACUCUCGCUGUGAGGAAAGUUAACAUCAGCUUGUUAUUCGGGAAAAAGAGUUUAAAAUGCUGUGCAAUGUGCAAGGAGCCUUUAGUUUUAAAAGAAAGAUAAACUUGUAUUUUAUAAGACAGCAUUUUUUGUACUGUUUUUAUCAAUCUAUUUAAAAGCUAACAAAAAGAAAAAAGGUCAUUUUCAGCAGGAUUCAUAUCGUACAGAGGAGGUUAUUAUUUAACAAAAACGUGCUGUUUUUUAAUUCACAUAUUUUCUAUCAAGAGUUUAACCAAAAACCAAACGCUUCCGAUGUUUACAUUUUUUGAUUAGCCAUUUAGCUUGAUGUUAAAUGUUAUAUUUCUAUUGAGCAAGUUAUUUUUGCAGUACUGUCAGGGUUACACUUGAGCGUGUGUGUAUGUAUUACAAUAAUUUCACAUCUACUCACACAAAUACAACUCAUUUAUUUCACCUAAUAGACCUACAGUAUGUGUGCAAGCUGUAUAAUGUCCAUUUUAUUUUAUCUGUGAGGUGAAACAUCACAUUCUCAUAGAAUUGCCAUCAAAAAAAUGAAAAAGAAACAACCACGGGUUAAAUGAAAAUUGACAUCAAUCUAGGCAUUUACGUUUUUAAUCCACAACAUGUAUCAAAAAACCUUGAUAAAGAUAUAUUUUGUUGAUAACUAUGGGAACCAUGGAAACUACUGUGGGCCAAAUACUUUCUUCCCUUCCUCUACACACAGCCGCCAUGAUGAUAAAGAUCUUGCCCUAUCAGCACAAAUUAUUGUUGAACAAGAGAGAAUAAAAUAACAAACUCAUAUUCACAAAACAGGCCUUCCUUGACAAAGUUUGAAAGAAAACAACUUUUUGAUUCCAUUUGACGAAAUGUGACAACCAUAAGCAGUGUAGACAAAGUGCUCAGUUCGCAAUGUAUAUAUCAAAACUGGAAUUAAAUGAUUCAACUAAGGGCCUCGUCAAUAAAUUCAUUUACACAGUGGUCAACACACUAACGUCUAUCAUGUCGGUCAGGUGUCGACACAGUUCAACCAUGAGUCAUAUUGUCAGGCAACACGCCAUCUUGCUUUACCAAUGUUCAUAUGUACAAAUAUAUGAUGAAGAGGUAUUCUUUUAAAUUGUAUUGGUUAUCUAGUUGAUUCAUUUGUGUUACAAAUGAAGACUAUACAUAUCAGAAACCCAUUGACACUAAUUCUGCUAACUGGACAGUGACAGAACAUAAAUGCUGAAGUGAAACAAUUUACAGUCCUUAAAAUCAACCUUGCUUUUGAAAUAUGGAAACAUUUAUUACUGUAAGUGCCUCAAGGAUAUACUUUCUGAUACUUGUCUUCAGUCUGUAUGAGCCCUUCCAUAUUGUGACGUUGAAACAUCAUAUUGUGAAAUUGAAAGUUGAACUGUGUGUCUAAAUAGAAUGUCUGUAAUGUUUUGAUGAGCGUCAAUUGAUUCCAUGUUAAUGGUCGCUUUUAUUUCUAUUUUCAUUAUUUUACAAAAAAUGCUAUUUAAAAUGUUGUAGUGGUUAAGGCAUUGUUGCUCUGGGAACUGCUCUAAUGUUGUUCAUUUGAAUUAAAUCCCAAUUCUAUUUUAGGUUAUUCAAACAUACAGUUUAGAGAAAUAGAAUCCUCCUCCUAUCUUCCUUCCUCAAAGUUUUGCAUAUCUGUUACCCAUCACCCUACUUCAGAAAAACACCAGGCUCGUGUUGAUCAGGCAACAAAACGGACAAAAACAGACAAACAGAAAGGGAGUACUGUAACUGGCUUGGUUUUGAUUGCCAUGGCAAAAACAUUUUAAAACAUGUUCCGUUGUGUGCCCUAAUGAACAAGACACAGACCAGAGAUCUGAUGAACAUUUCAAUGGUGCUUUCAUUCCAACUAAGUCCUGCCAUUUUGCCAGAGGCCGAAUGAUUCAGCAAUCAGUAUCGCCAUCAACACAUUGCAACAAAUUAUGAGAGGCGUUUAGCACAAUCACCAGUCAGAGGAGGCAAAGCAAACAUUUCUGAUUGUUAAUUUAGUUGGGAAAGUAAUGCUUCCACAGAGGGGGGAAUAUUGAGCCUUGUUCAACAAACAAAUGCAAACCAUCUCAGUAUAGUGCAGUGGCCCCUCAAACCCAUGUCCUAGACAGGAUGCUACAAGCUACAAGGUUAUCAACUUAGCCCAAAGCUCAGAUACAGUAUGUGUGUAAUGUGAAUAGGGCAGACAUUUACUUCUGAGGGCUGUUCCAGAUGGGGUGCUGUUCAUUUGGAUUAAAUCUCAUUUAAAAAUGAAAUCCAAAACGAAUUCAUGAUAUUGGCAAGGUAUCCAGUUAAACAUUGAGCCAUGCUGAAAGUCAUCGGCCUUGCUGCUCUGCUCAUCUGAAUAUCAGUAGGAAAUAUCAGAGGAAUAUUAGUUUCUUAUCAAGCUGUGUACAUUUCCAAUAAUCAAGAGACAGACGAGGGCCUCAUGAUUUCAAACCUCAACAUAGGGUUAAGUGUCCUAGCAGUAUCAAAGUCAGUCUUUUACUGUUUUUAAGAUCAAAAUAAGUAUUCUUAGUAAAAAGAAAAUAAACGUUUUACUAACUUGUAGUCCUAUUUGCUCAUAGUUGUGUGCAAGUAUCAUCUUUUGAAACUGUGAACAAAUCCAAUAAAAGGUCAGGUGUGGUCAA